AUGCUGCCUCGAGAUGUCGACCUGGGACAAAUGCUGGAGUUCGAGGCUACGCCGCAGCAGGAGCGACAGGUUCUGCGCAAGCUGGAUCUUGUGCUUAUACCGCUGAUGGGUGUCUGUUACAUGAUGCAGUAUAUGGACAAGCUUGCUUUAAGCCAGGCCACGCUCUUCAAUCUUCGACAAGACCUGCAUCUCGAAGGCACAGAAUACACUUGGACGUCUGCAAUCUUCUAUUUCGGAUAUUUCGCCUGGAGUUGGCCCAGUUCCUACCUCAUCGUACGCUUACCGAUUGCCAAGUACAUCAGCGUCUCAGUACUCCUCUGGGGUGGUGUCUUGAUGUGCCAUGCGGCCGUGAAAAACUUUGGAGGGUUGAUGGCCGCUCGGUUCUUCCUCGGUGUAGGUGAAGCAGCCAUUGCACCAGGCUUCUCGCUCAUUACAGGCAUGUUCUACCGGCGUGAUGAGCAGCCAGCUCGGCAAUCUGCCUGGUUUCUGGGCAACUGCAUUGCCACGGUCAUCGGCGGCGUCGUCGCCUACGGCAUCGGCAACAUCAAAGUCCACUCCAUCGCCAGCUGGCAGCUCCUCUUCCUCGUCCUCGGCGCCAUCACCGCCUUCAUCUCUUUCUUCCUCAUCGUCCUGUUGCCUGACUCCCCCAAGAAAGCCAUCUUCCUCACCAAACCGCAACGCCUCAUUGCCGUGCAACGGACCCUCACGAACAAAACCGGUGUCGCCGAUGAGGGCUCCUUCCAAUGGCACCAAGCAUGGCUGGCGGUUCGCGAUCCGCAGACCUGGUUUCUCGUGCUAUACACCUUCUGCGUAAACCUCUGCAACGGUGGCGUCACCAGUUUCUCCUCGAUCAUCAUCAACGGAUUCGGCUUCUCCCAAAUCCGCUCCCUCCUGAUGCAGAUGCCCCUGGGCGCCGCGCAGAUCGUCUUCCUGUGCCUGACCGCCAGCGUGGCGACCUUCGUCCCCAGCACGCGGAUCCUGAUGAUGAUCCUGAACACGGUCACCUCGCUGAUCGGCAUGGUCCUGGUCUGGCGCCUCGACGACGCGAACCAAGUCGGCCGCCUCGUGGGGCUGUCCCUGGGCGCCGUCUUCGCCGUCAACAUCCCGCUCUCCCUGAGUAUCAUCAGCUCCAACGUCGCCGGGUUCACGAAGCGGAGCACCACGAGCGCGCUGCUGUUCAUCGCCUACUGUGUGGGCAACAUCGUCGGGCCGCAGUUCUUCCUCUCGUCGGAGGAGCCUCAUUAUCCGACCGGCAUGAAAGCCGCCAUAUCGGGGCUGGCCUUCGGGGCCUUUUUCCUCAUCUGUCUGCUGGUGUAUUACGUCUUUGAGAAUCAGCGACGAGAUCGCUCGUACGGCCCUCCGGCCCAGAUGACGGAGACUGAGGAGUUGACGCUGGGGCUGUCCAACCGGACGGAUUUGGAGAUUGAGGGUUUUCGAUACGUCUUGUGA